ACUUAAUGCCAACACUUGUAGUGGAUUAUCACUUGAGAAGACUUAUACUCGCAAACGUCCAAGGUGUUUUUUCGUAUGCCAUUCAGCAUCAUUUACUGAUAUACAAAACUAUAUUCGUCUUAGCGUCAACUAGUGGAAAAGUAUUUCAGCCAUAGAAUACCAAGAAAAAGAGCAGAGUUACAUCCGAAACUUGAAAUUUGGUAACUACGUUAGACACUUUUCUGCAAACACCAGAUCUUAUAUCUUCUGGGAAUGAUAGCCUCUGAGACGGAAUCGGAUACCCGCAAGAUCUCAAAAACUGACGUGAAUGUACAGAAUACGAAUCCUGAUGAAGAACUUAUGUAUGAAACGGGAUGGCCAUCAUUAUCUAAAACCUCAGAAAAAGAAUGGCUUAUAGUCAGUUCCAGACCAAUUCCACAAGUCGUUCAUCAACUCCAGUCUUCUAAUUCAGAUAGAUUACUAAUAACUGAAACUCCUUCAAGCGCGAGCAUCUUCAAACGUCGACUUGGUCUAAUCCUUGCAUUAUUGUGUGCCUUUUUGGGCAGCGUCAAGGGUUUGAUGGUUAGCGAAAUUAAAAACAUUGGGCCAGUCGAGAUAUUUGGGUUGAGAAGUGUGGGCACUGUUGUCUUUCUCCUACCCAUUAUUAUCAUUCGUAGCCAUCAAGUCUUGUAUGACUGGCGCACCAAUCUACAGCUUACAGUACGUUCUGUGAUAGGGAAUAUAGCAGUAGCAGGGUAUUACUUUGGUUUUGCUUACCUUCCUUUAGCUGACGCAUCUUUGUUGUUCUAUAGUUUGCCUUUAUACACAACAAUUAUUGGUUGCAUUUUUUUGAAAGAAAAAUGUGGGGUGACAGAAAUAUUUUGUGUGAUUUUUUCUGUCGCAGGUGUCGCUUUAGUUUCUUCUCCUGCCAUCUUUUACGAAGGAGAUGCGUCAGAAAACAAUGCCUAUAGCAAUACGGGAGACAUAAUAAAAGGCAUUAUGGGAGCCUUAAUUGGAGCCAUUGCGCAAGCUGUGGCCCUUGUAGUUCUUCGGAAACUUAAUACUAUACCUGCUAUGGUGGUUAGUUUUUGGUGGGCAGCAGUGGGCAUUGUGUUAAGUCUUAUUAUCGUCAUAUCUUCAAGAAAUUUUCAUCUCUGGAAGUGUGGAGCAGAGAGUGCGAUUUUAUUCUCUAUAACUAUCGUAGGAUUCGUCAGUGAAGUAAUUCUGGUAGUAUCUCUCUACCUAGAGCAAGCUGGAAAGGUCUCUAUCGCACUUACAUCAGAAAUUUUAUGGGCUUUUGUUUUACAGGAAUGUUUUCAACAAGAAACCCCAACAGUUCUCAGCGUUAUUGGAGCUAUGUUUAUCGUCUUUUCACUCAUUUGUUCCAGCGUUCAGGAUAUGGACCUCAAGCGGCGGGUGCGCCAUCUAGGGUCAAUGUCUAGCGCUAUCCUCAUGACUAAAGCAAUGGGCUGGUGUUGCCUUGAUCCAAGCCAACGGGAAGAGGAGAUUAACACGACAAAACAGGGAGAGAAACUUAUCGACAAAGAUUUAGUUCUUAAACAGCCUUUUCGAGCGUAUAACACAAUAGAAAAGGCAGCUUGAAGAGGUAUUUAUCUGAUAAUAGUCCUCGAACUAAGGAAGGUCUUUCCUUCUUCUUUAACAAGAACAAGUCAUAACAAUCGGUUACCUUUAUGGUUAGAAUAAAAGCAAAACGAAAUGUUUCAGUCAAAUAUAUAUAAUAUCAAGAAAGUGAAAAUUUAAGUAAAGUAUGUGUUAAGCGAUGAUUAAUAUAAAAAAUUAAACUAAUUAGUGGCGUCUUACGAGUAUUUAAAUACAGUGCUGCUGUACCAAUUUAGACUAUUUUGAAAAAUCACGGAUUUAGUGUUUUCUACAACUUUGUUUAAAUAUUAAAGUUAUGUUCCCGUUUUGCUGUUGCGUUUUAAAUGUUUUAUUUAAAACGUGUGCCUCUCUCUGUGGGUAAUUUU